CCACGCGUCCGGCAGCCGUGAACCCGAAUGAAACCAUCUGAUCAAAGCGGGAGGGCUCGCCUCCAACAUUUCCCUUGAAUAAAUUUUGGUUUGGAAUACGGACUUCACUGGUUUGGACCUAUGGUUUGGACGCCCAGUUUUUAUAACAAUGGCUUCAUCAAGAGUUGAUACUUCAGGAAAACUAUCCUCUGCGACUACUCAUGUGAGUUUCGUCUGCCAAAAAUGCCGUCAGCCCCUUAAACUCGACCAUUCAUUCAGCACAAUUGGUCAGCCACUUCUUAUGGAGUUACGAGAACCACUGACUAGUAAUUUUGAAGAUGGCAGAGCCAGCAUGGAUUUGUCUUUUCCACAUUCCUCCUCUAGUUUUCCAGAAACAGAUGAAGACCCAGAUGUUCUAAAAAUAAAUGUACCACCAGCCAGGUCUGACCUGAAUGAUAGCUCAGAUUUUAUGUUGUUGGGUGAAACAAGACCAGACAACAUGGAAAACCUUAGUCACCGCCUAAAGGUAGCCAGUGUUCUCUUUGACAUAAUGUCAGGACAGUCCGAAGUGGACCAUCCUCUUUGUGAGGAAUGCACUGAUGCUUUACUGGAUCGGCUGGACCAGCAGCUUAAACUGACCGAGGAUGAGUGUCGAGAUUACAAAGAGUUCCUUGAAAAGCUGACAUCCUAUGAGAACAAAGUUGAUGAAGCUGCUUUGGAUGAAGAACUCAGACAGCUGCACCUGGAAGAAAAGCAAUUGUUGCAGCAGCUGUCAGCUAUUGAGCAAGAGCAGAGACAUGUAGAGAAUCUCAUCAGGCAAGAGAAAGAGGCUCAGGGUCGUCUGGAUGAAGACGAGGAGAAAUAUUAUAAAGAGUAUGCAGAACAGAAGCGGCAAAGGCUAGAACUUGAAGAUGAAAACAUCAGUGCGAAAAACCAACUGCAGUACAGCUUGGGACAGCUAAAUAGACUGAAGCAAGUCAAUGUUUUUAACGCAACUUUCCACAUAUGGCAUAGUGGACAUUUUGGAACAAUUAAUGGCUUUCGCCUUGGACGUCUUCCAAACAUUCAGGUGGAGUGGAAUGAGAUUAAUGCUGCUUGGGGUCAGACUGCCUUAUUGCUGCACUCUCUGGCUCGCAAAGUUGGGCUCACCUUUGAAAGGUAUCGUCUUGUACCCUAUGGCAGUCACUCAUAUUUGGAAUUAUUGACAGACAGAUCCAAAGAACUGCCACUGUAUGGCUCAGGAGGCUUUCGCUUUUUGUGGGAUUACAACAGGUUUGAUAAUGCAAUGGUGGGCUUUCUGGAUUGUUUGAACCAGCUCGGACAGAAAAUUGGAGGAAACGAUUUUAACAUGCCCUACUUGAUUCACAGUGAAAAACUUGAAGACCAAAAAACACACAAUAUUUUCUCAAUCAAGAUUCAGUUUAACUCUGAGGAGCAGUGGACUAAGGCACUGAAAUUUGCUCUUACCAAUCUCAAAUGGUGCCUUUCGUGGAUUCAAGCUCAAAGUGCCAAGUAACUGACUCAGAAUUUCAUCUCUUAAAUCACUUCCUCUCAUUCCUUUAUAUCUUUCUAUGUUUUUGCCAUUGAUGGUAAAUUAGGAAUUCCUAAUAAUGACAAUCAGAAAAAGUGCCAAAUUUUAGCAUUUAGGAGUAAAGGAUUCAGCAGGGUUGGGAAAAAAAGGAAAAAUUUUAUAACACCAGAUAUCAGGUUAAGAGAAAAUCAUAGAAACUGUUGUGUCUUGUGGCUGAAUUAUCAAUAAUCUAAGAGCAAUAUGUUGUGAGAAUGAGAGAGAGAAGUACACAGCACUAGUGUGCUGUUCGCUUAUGCAAGAACAUUCUGGAAUGUGCACUGUAUUUUGUCUCAUUUUCAAGGAAUGUUCCUCCUCACUAAUAAAAGGAAAAUCCAUCAAAUGAUCUAGAAAGUAACCAUUGCUAAGCUACGAUACUGUAUUCAUUUUCUUUGUGUUUUUGUGUCUGUCUAACAUAUUUGCUGGACAUGUGCAUUUGCAUGUACCAGUGUUUUUAACAUGCACAAAUAUUGUAUAAUGGGUUUUAUUUCUUGAUUUGUCAGAAUUAUGGCUGUGAUAAUGUACACUGGAUAUGAAACAGUGAAUGUUGUAUAAAUUCAUUCAGUUGCUUGGUCUCUCAAAUGGUACAGUGGUUCCUGCAUCUGACACUGUGCAAGGUAAUGAGCAGACUUUGAAUCUUGCUGUUAACUCCAGAUUCAUCCAUCUUAUUUGCUAUAAAGUCAAAUUUAUCUGUUUACCCAGGAAGCAGAUAUGUUCCCAUCUCACUAUUGUCCCACGUCACAGUUUAUAUUGUGAGCUUCUCCUUCCAUGUGAUUUUAGGAUUAUUUCAACUCCACUUUCUUCCUGCUGUGCUCAUCUAUGACCAUUUCAGAAGUACUGUGACAGAGUGAAUGUUACAAUGUGACAGGUUAAUGGAAGAGUCUUUUAUAAAGGCUGUAUUUUAUUUUUUUUUUUUAUUGCUCAUCAUUCCAUGAGUUUUGUUCACCUAAUUUCUGUGAAUGUUCCAUUUUUUGUCAGUAUCAUGUACAGAAUGUAUGAUUUGAUGGUCCUUACCAUGUGUCAUAAAUGGUGACUCAUAAAUUUGUGAUGCAUACAAAAUAUAAUUGUGUGAUAUGCUAAUUGCUGCUUGCGCCUUUGUGUAUCAUCUUUUCUUAAAGUCGUAAAUGGUAGGAUGUUGAUUUAUGCAUGCAAGGCUGGUGAAGGUGUACAUAGUAUGUCAGUGGAGAAAAGAGUAACAAGUGAGUAAAAAGGAUAAACUUUAAAAUUUU